AUGUCUUUGUUCAACGUAUUGAAUCCGCUACUAAAAGGGUCCAAUAGUCUCAGACCGAAGUUCAACGGUAUUCUAUUCAACAAUGUUUGUACAAUAACAAUAAGAACUUUAAUGAAAACCCAUAAAGGUACAGCAAAGAGAUGGAGGCGUACUGGUAAUACUUUCAAAAGGGGUAUCGCUGGAAGAAAGCAUGGCAAUAUAGGCUGGUCCCAUAGAUCCUUAAAGGCUUUGACUGGAAGGAAAACAGCUCAUCCAGCUUAUUUAAAGCAUUUAAAGCGUUUGCUACCUUACCAUUGA